ACUAUUUCUCUCUGAGGCGGACACGGGAUAUCUACUCCGGACUCCGUACGUACAAACAAUGGAGGGUCCAAGGCCGCAGUGUAAGGUAGCAUCCACUCCUUCCUGCUGUGUUCUAGAAACAUGGGCACACAAACAGGCACGCUGCAUCCAUAGAUGCGACUCCAACAACAGCCUCUGACUUUUGCCCAACGUACGUCAAUGGGGGCGCGAGACAGAUCUAAAUCAUGGUGUCAUUGGAGACCUUGUAUUUUUUACACUGACAUCCCCAGAUCGGGCUUAACGUCAAGGCUACGAAGGGCCCCAGAUAGGCGCCCGCGGCCAAGAACCAAAUCGGUGGAUGACAACCCACCACGCAGCGGGAUUCUCCACCUCAUCACCAGCCCUGCACUUCUUUUAGCGCCCUGCAGGCAACCUGAAAUGGACCACUCAGACGAUGCUUCGAAGCUUCGGUUCAGUCUUCCUUUCGGAUCCGGCAUUACAUCGCUCACCUCAUCAUCCAGUUUUACACUCCAACUGCGCGUGGUAUUCUUGGUUGUAGCCGUUGACUGGCUGCAGAACGCGUCUUCUCUGCGGUUUGUUCCAUUAGGCACAGAUAUUCCGACAGCUUGAUGCUACCUCAUGCCAGCCCUACAAUCGGCUUGCUGCCCGAGCUGCCUCACCCUAUGGAGGAUUCAGCAACCUGACCAUUUACCCAACAUUCUCCUCCUGGACAGCACGAGGUGUGCCGGCCAGCGCUUACACUGCUCUCAUAGCGUGCAGAAUUCUGGAUCCUCCUCACAUCGCACAGCAUUGUUUCGAAAUGCAAUGACCAAUCACGGGUGUACCAUGUUUCUCAU